AUGGGUUCAUCUAAUUUUUACGCCGAUGUGACCCCUGAUAUUUUGAAGGGCGGUGCACAGGAGGAUAAGGGUGAGACUGCACGUAUGCAAUACUUCAUUGGUUCCAUUGCUGUGGGCGACUUGGUGAAGACAACUUUAGGUCCCAAGGGUAUGGACAAGCUUUUACAGCCUAUGAACCUGGAAGGUCCCCGUGGAGAGAAUGUUAUAACAAAUGACGGUGCAACAAUUUUGAAAUCGGUCUGGUUGAACAACCCUGCAGCUCGUAUUUUGGUUGACGUUUCUAUGCAACAGGAUUCAGCUUGCGGUGACGGUACUACUGGUGUCGUUGUAUUAGCUGCUGAGCUUUUGCGUAACGCUGAAAAGUUACUUGAACAACGUCUUCAUCCUCAGUUGAUUUGUUUAGGUUACCGUCGCGCUUUGCAGGUUGCUCGUCAGCGUCUUGAGGAGAUAACCUUUUCUAGCAUAUCUGACCCUGAGAAGUUCGAGUCUGAUCUAUUUAAGAUAGCAUGUACCACUCUAUCUUCUAAAUUGUUGCGUAUGGAGAAGGCUCAUUUUGCGCGUCUCGCUGUUGAUGCAUUAUUACGUAUGAGUCGUGAUAUAAAGGAGCAGGGUGGCAGUUUGAAGGAUGCCUCUUCGCACAUAAAUUUGAGUUUGAUUCAGAUAAUUAAGAAGCCUGGUGGUUCUCUUAAGGAUUCUUAUUUGGAAGAGGGUUUUGUAUUGGAGAAGAAGAUUGGCGUAGGUCAGCCCAAGACCAUGACAGAUUGCAGGGUGCUUAUCGCUAACACUCCCAUGGACACUGAUAAGGUGAAGAUUUAUGGUGUGAAAGUGAACGUUGACAGUUUUGAGGCUGUUCACGCUCUUGAGCAGAGUGAGAAGCAGAAGAUGAAGAACAAGGUUGAUCGUAUUUUACGUCACGGCUGCAACGUGUUUAUCAAUCGUCAGUUGAUAUACAAUUACCCUGAUCAGCUUUUUAAAGAGGCUGGUGUUAUGACUAUUGAACACUCUGAUUUCGAUGGUAUGGAGCGUCUGGCUAAAUGUUUGGGUGGUGAGAUCGUGAGUACUUUUGAUACUCCUGAGAGUGUUACUCUCGGUCGUUGUGAUAAGAUUGAGGAGAUUCUUGUCGGAGAGGACAAAUUGAUUCGUUUCAGUGGCUGUCCACGUGGUGGUGCGUGUUCUGUAAUAUUGCGAGGCGCAUCUAGCCAUGUACUUGACGAGGCUGAGCGUUCACUUCACGAUGCUCUCGCUGUACUUGCUGAAACAAUAUCAGACGGUAAAGUUGUUUGUGGUGGCGGUUGUGCCGAGUUAGAGAUGGCUACUGCCGUUUUUGAGCACGCCAAGACUAUUGAGGGUAAAGAGAGUUUAGCUGUUGAGGCGUUCGGUGCCGCCUUGCUUAAAUUGCCUGAGUAUAUCCUAUCUAAUGGUGGUUAUGAUGCUGCUGACGUAUUGAGUAAGCUGAAAGCCGCUCAUGUUUCUGGUAAUAUCCACGCUGGUAUUGACAUCGAUAAGGGUGGCGUUGGUAACAUGUUGGAGUUAGGCAUUUACGAGAGUCUGAAGUCAAAGAUGUCUCAAGUAUGUCUUGCUACCGAGGCUGCGGAGACCAUUGUUCGCGUAGAUGACAUCAUCAAAUGUGCUCCCAGAGAGCGCCAGCCCGGUGUCUGA